CGCGGCCUACAGAAAACAAAAACAAAAGGACAAAAAAUGGCUGCUGGACUUUGACGUCAGUCUGCGGUGUAUGCUUUUGAUCAGGCCUAAAUGCGGGCGUAAGCGGCUGGCGAGUCUCAUCGAGGAUGGGUUAAAAUGCCUCCCGGCUUGUUCAAGAUGCAAGGAACCGUGUGCUCGGUCUGCGUUCGCGUGUUCAAGUGGUGCCCCGUCUUGUUCAUCACCACCAUUGUGGCUUGGUCCUACUACGCUUAUGUCAUACAGCUGUGUUUCUUUACCGUUGAAAACAUAUUCCAGAAAAUAUUUUACCUCAUUGGCUACCAUGCCUGCUUCGCAAUGUUUGCAUGGUCGUACUGGCAGACCAUUUUCGCAGAGCCAGGCACCAUUCCAAAGCAGUUCUACCUUCCCAUGGAAGAAGCAGAGCGGCUUGAGAAAGAGCACAGCGAGGAUGCGCAGAGGCAAAUGCUCGAACGGCUGGCCAAGAACCUGCCCGUCUCCUGCCGCACGCUGAACGGAAUGGUGAGGUACUGUGAGAAGUGCCACCUCAUCAAGCCUGACAGGGCCCAUCACUGUUCAGUGUGUGGAAAGUGCAUACUGAAGAUGGACCAUCACUGCCCCUGGGUGAACAACUGUGUGUCUUUCACAAACUACAAGCACUUCAUCCUGUUCCUGGCCUACUCGCUGAUAUAUUGCUUGUUUGUGGCCGCCACCACACUCCAGUACUUCAUUAAGUUCUGGACGAAUGACUUGGAAGGCUGGGGCCGCUUCCACAUUCUCUUCCUGUUCUUUGUGGCAUUCAUGUUUGCAAUCAGCCUGGUGUCUUUGUUUGGCUAUCACAUCUAUCUCGUCAUGGUGAACCGGUCGACCCUGGAGGCGUUCCGCCCCCCCAUUUUCCGAACCGGUCCGGACAAGUACGGCUUUAGCUUGGGGCGCCAAGCCAAUGUGGCCGAAGUAUUUGGCGACAACAAGCGGCUCUGGGUUCUGCCCGUGUUCUCCAGCCUGGGUGAUGGGGUGACAUAUCCAACACGCACUCAAGUGGCCAGUUCGUACAACUCCAUGGGGAGCACCGCUCCGGCAAGCUUGGGUGACGGAGUCACCUUCCCCCAAAGAAUAGUCGACGAAGACACGGACGGUCUCUUGAACGAACGGCAGAGAUGGGCCGAGACGGACGAGGACCAUUCCGACGCCGGACUGGCCGCGGCGCAGCCGCAGGACGUCGGGAAGCUGGAGAUUCCAGAUGGAGACCAUCCGGUCUAGACCGACUCCGCCGGAAGUCGGAAGGAUGGCGAGCUUAGAAUUCGCCGCCCCGACAAGACUUGGUGCUGGACUGCCACCCGGUGCCGCCGUCAGUUCUUCGUUUCGUCGCGACUGCACCUUCUCUCCUGCUGGAACAUUUGUGAUGCACUGGCUGCGUCGCGACAAAACCCCGCUCCGGAAAUAAGACGGCACAAGUGGCCGCCGUUCUUCCCCCCUCGCGUGAACAUAAUGCCAUCUUGUUUGCAAUCAAUCGAGACUGUGCUGCACGUGUUCGUCAUCUGCAGAAGCGACACGGGACAUAACGGACAGGGGGAAUCGGCAGCGCCUGUUGGCCGAGAUGGCAGAUGACGGCACGGAGCCCCUUGCUCCCCGAGUGCGUACUUAAACCCCGGGUCAAUAAAACGAGUGCCGAUUCUUGUAGGAUAGACAGUUGAUCGGGAGCCGUCUUGAUUUGUUCCCAUUAACCGCAACUCUUGUGGCGAGGCUGUAGCGCAUGUACAGGGCACCCCGGGUUGUGUAGUGUUCUUGCUAGCCACCUUUCAAUGUUGAUAGAAUUGUAGGACCAAGGCUGAAAAAUAUGCACAUUUAUGCAAACAAAUACGUUUUUUGUGUGGUGAACCUGUAAUUGACCCAUUGUGCUCGCUCAUUCAUGAAGACUGCUAAUUAUGGUUGGUCUUUUAAGCAUGUCUUGUUGACAUUCGCAAAUCGACCAGCUCUGACGGCAACAGCAGUGACCAGUAGAGGCUGGUUCACGCAUUCGUGACAGACUGGACCGCCAUCGCUGCUGCGCGGCCAGUCGUAAGCGGCUUAAUAACCGGUUGUGUCACUUGGUCGCAUGUGCGUGUGAUUCAGUCUUAUUUUAAUUUUUUUUCCAAUUACGAAGGUGGGUUAAUAGGAAGGCAGUGCCGAAGUACACGCUCAUGCUUGCGAAACUACGAAGUCACUGUGGUUGUGCUGGUGGUACCUAACCAUAUGAACAAAGUACCUAUUAAAGUCGCAGAGACGAAAAAUAAAUAUUAGUUUGAAA